AUGAAAGGUGCAAAUCUCUUUCAAAUAAAGCUAUCACAAGACUUUCUCUCUCUACAAAUUUCUCUCCCCCAAUUCAAAAAACCUAGGGUAAUCUGGCUCAACGGAGCCUCCCUUCCUCCAGCACACCGGCCCCAUCUCUCUGAAUCAGCUCUUAGGCUUUUGGCGCCCCUCCCCGCUGGCCGUCUGCCCCUCCCCCUGCGGCGUCUCGCCUUUUACGGUUGGCUGUGGAGGAUGAUAGGUGUUUUCAGCUCACGGGAGAGUGUGACGAAGAUGGCUCCGGUCGCAGUGCGUCGGUGGCUGAGGUCGAGACAAUCAGUCUAUUCUAUUCUCCGUUCGUCUUCUCGCCCUAGUGCUGGGCUUGGGGGGGUCCUCCGGUGGUGGCUCCCGACACGGCCCGUGUUGGUUCGUUGCCUUCGGGGUGGAGUUAAUCGCGAGUCUCCUAGGAGUUGA